AUGGGUCUCAUCAAGCGCGUUUUCAAGCUCACCACCUAUGGGGGUGCUGCCUCCGUCGGUGCCUUCUUCUGGGGCACGCGCAAGUCCACCUUCGUGCCUAUGAGUCCCUCCGACCCCCUCUUCAAUUCCCCGUUCCAUCGCGCCCAGAACCCCGAGGGCAACCCUCAGACUUACGACCUGUGCAUUCGCCGGGUGCCACUUUCUGAGAUCAAUCCCUCUCUGCUGGAGAAGAAGGGCAAACUGACCGAGGCUUUCUGUGCUGGUAUCUGGAGUGGCUGGGGAUACGCCUACCAGCGCUCCCACCACGAACGCAACGCCCCCAAGGAAGAGACGAAGAAUCACCUCUGGACGCCCGAGCAAUUGCGCUCCUCAACCUAUGACGUCGGCACUCUGAUCACGGACCACUUCGAGGUUCUGGAGAAAACCCCCGAGCGGAUCGUCGUGCGAUGCGGUGACACGCCACGCACCCAGGGUGUGCGCCCGUCUGACGGUCUGUUCGAAAUGUCGGCCGUUGUGAAGCCCGACGAGGGUGUCGCCGAGUUUGGCCUCAAGAGCUUGUUUUUCCAGGGCUUGGGCAAGGCCGAGGGCCAGCCUAUGCCGGCCCAUAUUCUGUGGCUGCACAAGCAGUACACUAAAUUGUGGAUGGAGACGGCGUUGCCGAAUGUUCGCCGGUGA